AUGCUCGCCUCUCCUCGAAGCAAGGCUCGACCCCGUAUCGAGAGCCUUCGCUUGAUCAAAAUUUCUCGCGCUGCCGCAUAUCACCCAAAUACCAUGCGCGAUGCCAUAGCGCAGCCCGACAUGGAUGAUGCAUCAACCCUCUCUCAAAAGUCGGAGCAGGCGCAGGUGCUCCCAGCUCGACCAGAGAUAGAGUAUUUUGCCAACGCUUUGGAUGACUGCCUUGAUAACAGGGGCAGUAUAUCGGAACGACGAUCCCGAGUUCUUAAACUUGUCGAGAGCUACUAUGAGUAUGCAUCGAGGCGAUACCAGCUCCUUGGCCCGAGGAACGGCUACCACCCCCCGGGCGCUAUGCUGAAGGGUGAAGUCAAGAUGGAUAUGGGUAGCCUCCAUAGCGAAGAUGUGGUUCCGGAUCCUAGCCGAGAAGCGGACGCCUGGAAACAAGAAGCACAGAUUUGGGACCUCCUGCGCCAACUGUUACCAAUAAGAUACCCCGACGCCGAGACGUUACCAAGUCGGCCUUCGAGCGUUCGCACUCAGAAGCCAACCCUCUGGAACGAAUUUGUCAACAGCACCCCAUUGGCAAUGGAACGCAAAGCCGUAUUACGCUGGCUCCAGGUUAUUGCGGCCGAUGGACCUGAUAUCAACGAUCUCGUCAAAGACCUCCAAAAAAAUGCCGAUCGUGGUGACAUCAUUGCCCACGGAUGGAUACAUACAAGGUCUACGAUUAAAUUAAGGAAGAGCGUGUUAGCAUGGCCACAUGUCCUUGACCCUACAUCGCCCAAUGUCUCCCAGUCCCAUGUUAAUGCUUCGAAGUCUCCGCUGGUUACACAGCUAGACCCCGAUUCUACCACCCGGCAGGGAAGGAACCUCGAGCCACAGGACGAAUAUUUUGAGCGAGCAAUUUGGCUCGGUUGUUUUGAACUUCUUCGAAGAGGUUGUAGCGCAAGGGAAAUUGAGGAGUGGUGCCGAGAACGCACAGAAGGAUGGCGCGCUGUUUCUAUGACGGCCAUUCACCUGGGCGACCAUGAAGCCAACGCCUCACCGGACCAGCCUCCCGAGGCACUCGCUUUGUGGAUGCGUGCCUGCUUGGCGGUCGCACGCCAGGGUCCUCCAGGCCUCUACGAGCGCGCUGUGUAUGGCAUAUUGGGGGGCGAUGUCCCCAGCGUGGAAGCUGUUUGCAAGACUUGGGAAGAUUUCGUAUUUGCACACUAUAACUCGUUGUUCCGGAGCCAGUUUGACACUUUUGUCUUGACAAAAUGUAUGCCAGAAGCAGUGGUCAGCAUUUCACAGCAACCAACCCCUUUCCUUGACCCCCCCCAGUACCACGGAGAAUCCGGUUCACCUGAAAGACGCUUUCUUCGCUUGCUCGAGUCGAACAAUGCCACAAUGGUAGCGGCUCGUGACCCUAUGAAGGUCCUUCUGGCUUCUACCCUCGCGAAGGACCUUGAGCGAUACUUUUUCGACCAGGGGUUUGCCCUGGCACUUCAUGCGAAUCAGAAUAUCGAAUCCAAACUUAUCUUCCCGCACGGUUUUGUUGAGUCAGAGGUCGACACCGAUCGAUACUUCCGGCUGGAUCACCACUGCGGAUUACGGGUAGUCUCGCAUAUCUAUAUCGUUUUGUCGCUCCUAGAGCAACUGUACCCGCAGUUACGUGCCGUGGUGAGCCAGGACGCCAUGAGACGCGACAUCCAACAGAACAACAUCGUUGCCUACGUCAGUUUGCUGAGACUCUCUGGGCUUUACGAGUUGAUUCCCCUCUACUGUUCUACCUUAAGUGAAUCAAGGCAAUACGAUGCGCUCUGCCGUAACCUUAUUCACAUAGUUGAACCCACCUCCCGGGCCUUGGCAAUAAAUCUAAUUGGAAAGGCUGGCCUGGAUAGUCUCAAAUUCGUCAAAACACAGGCGGCGCUACGCUUGAACACGCUGGUCAAUGACGGCAGCUCCCGCGAGAACCAGACGCUGUUUCGCGUCGUUGGCGACAAUACUGAUCACAGCCUCAAGUACGGCCGCCUCGUUAGAGCCGACUUUUUCGGUGACGACCCUGAUGCAAUUCCCAUGGCGCACGAAUUCUUGAUACGAACUGUUGAAUGGCUACUUGAAGUAGACCACGCUUGGCCAGAUGCUUUGUCCACGGGCACAAAAAUUUACAAGUACUUCCUCAGUAUGGUCUUCCUCUCUCUACCUGAUACUGGCGUAAAUUCUAGGCUAACUGAUCUUGGCUCGUUUCUAGAAAACACGUUUCUCAAUUCGGCUCGGGUAUUUGCUCGGAGGAUCAGCUUCUCUGGCUUGAUCGGCAACCGAACUCAGAAUCCCAGUCCUGGCGAUCCGGAGCAUCCAGAUUUCACUGACAUUAGCUUCUGGGCGCGACAGCUCAACGCUCUUCCCUCCUUUUCGGGUUCUCCCGCUCAAGUGGCAGCUGAUGCUCGGAACUUUCACGACAUGGAGGCCUUAGUGAGAGCACUGGAUACGAUGGAGACCCUUGCAUCUCUCGCUCAGCUAUCUAGAGAGGAUUUGAAUACCCCCCGCGAUUUCUGGACCGAGGUUGGCGUCGAGGUCAAGGCGCUCAAAGAUCAUAUGGAGCCACUUCUUGGGGGUUGGCUCCUGCCGGGAAUACAAGCAAGGGAGCGCUGGGAGCUCCUGAAAUACGAAGACCUGCUCUCCCUCCAGUUCACUUCCAUCGGAAAACCUCGUGACGAACGAGCGAUUAAGUCCAAUAUAAAGAUGGAUUCGUCUCCUCCGGUUCUUCCCCCAAAACCGAACACCAACUUUGAGGGACCCAACGAAAGCUUGCCGAUCACUGUAGUGCCGCACUUCACCCCAGCCCUUACGCCGCAUCGACCUUCCAUCCGUGAUGAUGACUCCUCCCAAAGCCGUGAUCCUGGUGCUGGCUGGAUGCCCGCCACAUUACAAGAUAUGCCAAAGCAGCAGCUAGCUGCAAUUUUGACGGACGACCGUCUUCUGAGAACCGCAACACAUGCUCCAGAGACUAUCCACCCUUCACUCUCAACAUCUUACGAAUCUCUCCGCACCGCACUGCUAGAAAACGCCGAGCUCGCGUCUCGGUUAACUGAGCUAGAACUUCGGGUCUCUGCUGAGAGAGACUCGGCACAAGCUCAGUUGUUAUCCACCCACGCUCUCGAGAGGCAAUGGCGUCAGAAACAGGCGGAAUUGGAUGGCGUACUUGGUCCAUUCUCUCCGGCAUCUCUAUACCAACGUCUUUCCCACGGUGUCCAGGAGCAAGGGAUGGUAUGCCACGCACUCGAGGAGAGUUUUAUUGAAGGCAGUGGUACCGAAAGUGCAGCCUCCGAGAGGGAGGUGAUCGACUGGAUAAGGCGAUACCGUGAAGCGAAAAUUCUCUACUACUCGCGCCAAGAACGAAAAGACCGCUGGGACGAGGGGCGGGUUGGUGGUUGGAGAUAG